ACUAAAUCUCUUUUUUUCUAAGCUAGCUCUUCUUGUUAGUGUUACUUCUGUUAUUAAUUUAUUUACUUGUAAUCGAAAAAGGAUUUCACCGCCGUCAAAAUGGCCAAACGUACAAAGAAAGUAGGAAUUGUAGGUAAAUAUGGUACCCGAUAUGGUGCCUCGCUGCGUAAGAUGGUCAAGAAAAUUGAAAUCACCCAGCACAGCAAAUAUACCUGUUCGUUCUGUGGAAAAGAAUCCAUGAAGAGAACUUGUGUAGGAAUUUGGUCAUGCAAAAGGUGUAGACGAACUGUAGCAGGUGGAGCUUAUGUAUAUUCUACAACCGCUGCAACCACUGUACGAUCCGCAAUCAGACGUUUGAGGGAAGUGAACGACUUGUAAUUUCCAACAUUUGAUCAUUAUCUAAUAUAAGGACAUUAAAAAAAUAAAAUUGUUAUUUUUUUCCUUAUCCUUUUAAA